AGAAUUUCACACGGUUACUGGUUAAUUGUAGAUUGUUGUUUAUUUGAAGUAUAUACAACCUGGUGUCGUGAGAAAGUAGAUUAAUAUUUAAAUCAUUCUUUCUUUUCUAGUGUGCAUUGGUCACACUGAGAACACUAUAUGUAAUUAUUAUUUAUGCCAUUCAUUUAUGGGACAUUAAUCAUGAAGGUGUUUGGGAAAGAAGAGCUACUUACGUUUAUUACACUGAAUUAAUUUUUGAAUUGACUGCUUUAGUAAUUGAUUUUUUCCAUCAUCUUCAUAUGUUGUUGUGGGGAAAUAUAUUCUUAUCAAUGGCAAGUUUAGUUAUAUGUAUGCAGUUGAGAUAUCUUCUCUACGAGAUUAAACGGCGUAUUAAACGUCAUAAAAAUUACUUGAGAGUCGUGAAACACAUGGAAGCAAAAUUUCCGAUGGCAACUCCCGAAGAAAUAGAAGAAAAUAGUGACGAUUGCGCAAUUUGUUGGGAUCGCAUGGAAUUUGCCAGAAAAUUGCCCUGUGGCCAUCUUUUUCACAAUUCCUGUCUACGAUCAUGGUUAGAACAAGAUACUUCCUGUCCAACGUGUAGAAUGGUUCUUAGUGGUGAUUCUGAUUCAAACAAUAGUAACGAAAGAGAACAUCACAACAAUUUGUUACAUACUUUUGCCGGUCAAGAAGAUAAUACAAAUCGCCCUGGCAAUCAAACCACUAACCAUUUCUUCCAUUUUGAUGGUUCUCGUUAUGUUAGCUGGUUUCCCAGUUUUUCGGUCGAAGUGACUCACACUAGCCUUUUGGGUGAGAGACAAGCGACUGCUAUACAAACAUCGCAACUUGAUAGCAUGGCUCGUGAAGUACAAAUGAUGUUUCCAAAUAUGCCAUUUGGCUUGAUAAUGGAUGAUUUAAGAGUAACCCAUUCAGUGGAGCAAACAGUUGAGAAUAUUCUUGACGAGAGACUCGUUCCUCCGCCGUCUUCUUUAUUUCAAGGAGUUAGAAGCAUUUCUCAAACUUCGACUAAUCAGGAAAAUGGAAAUGCUCAAGCUAUUGCAAGUACUUCGAGAGAAUAUUUGGAAGCAGCGGAUACAGCUGAAAACUUGUCUCUAGUUCCUUAUGGAGAAAAUUCAUUUGAAUCUGUUUGCGAGAAUGAGAGGUAUAGGUUUGACAUUGUUAAAAUCAGUGCUGUUAUGUAAAGCUUUUAAUUAUGU